UCUCCAGCUGCUGAGCAGAGCAGAGAGCAGAGCAGAGCAGGUCGGACGCACAGAAAUCGUUCCUCGAGCUUCUCUCUCUUCUACGUGAAUGAACGGUUUCAGAAGCAGUCUCAGUAACAUGUACGGACAGCAGUGCUGCUCAUCGUCACGGGGAGUUUCAUUACCAUCAUCAUUAGUAUUAUGGGCUGUUUUCUUUUUGCCGCUGCUCAAACCUGGGACAGCUGGUAUACCAGGCUUGUCCAUGUACCCCAUCAGUCAGCUGUGUAAGUUCUGUGACCGACAGAGUUCCUCCUGCAACGGCACAGGGAGCUGCAUGUCUGACUGCGACAUUACGUCCGUCUGUUAUUCGCAUCAAGAUGUCUGUGUCGCUAUAUGGAUUAAGAAUGGGACCGGCUUCACCGUGGAGACCCUUUGCCACAACCCGUCCAUGUCGCUGUACGGCAUCAUGCUGGACGACUACAACAGCUCCAGCUGUGUGAUGAAGGAGAAGAACUCCACCAGGGGGAUGGUGCACAUCUGCUCCUGCACAGAAGAAGAGUGUAAUGACAAACUGCUGUUCGUUCCCACAGCAAAAGAUCAAGCCCUCGUCUCUAUAAUUCUGGUGAGCCUGCUUCCCCUCAUUGUGAUGGGAGUCUUGGUUGCCGUGGUGAUCCACUGGCACUGCGUCAAUCGGCGCCGCCAGCUUGGCAAGAAGUGGGAGAGCAACGUUAAAAUGCAUAAGCCAAAAGCCGGCGGGCUGGACUGUAGAGACACCUGCGCCUUCAUGGUGGAUGACGACGGCUCUGACAGCAGCUCCAUGCACGCCAACAACCUGAAUCACAACACCGAACCCCUGCCUAUAGAGCUGGAUCUGCUGGUGGGUAAGGGCCGCUUUGCUCAGGUGUACAAGGCGAAGCUGAAGCAGAGCAGCUCGGCUCAGUUUGAAACCGUGGCUGUGAAGAUCUUCCCCUAUGAGGAGUACGCAUCCUGGAAGAACGAGAAGGACAUCUUUUUCAACACGGACCUCAGACACGAGAACGUCCUCCACUUCCUGACAGCGGAGGAGAGGAAGGCAGAGAAACAGUACUGGCUCAUCACAGCUUUCCACCCCAUUGGGAACCUCCAGGAGUAUCUGACGCGCCACGUGAUCAGCUGGGAGGAACUGCAGGCGUUGAGCAGCUCUCUGGCCCGCGGAGUCGCCCACCUUCACAGCGACCAGCUCGCAAGUGGACGGCCCAAGGUGCCCAUAGUUCACAGAGACCUGAAGAGCUCCAACGUGCUGGUGAAGAACGACCUGACCUGCUGCAUAUGUGACUUUGGCCUGGCACUCUGUCUGGACAGCAGCCUGUCAGUGGAUGAUCUCGCCAACAGUGGCCAGGUGGGUACGGCACGCUACAUGGCCCCUGAGGUCCUGGAGGCCCGACUCAAUCUGGAGAACAUUGAGUCCUUCAAGCAGACCGACAUUUACUCCAUGGCUCUGGUCAUGUGGGAAAUGACGUCAAGAUGCAAAACCAUAGGAGAGGUGAAGGACUAUGAGCCAGCGUUCGGCUCCAAGGUGCGACAGAACCCCUAUGUGGAGAGCAUGAAGGACAGCGACAGACCCGACAUCCCCGACAGCUGGCUCCGGCAUCAGGGCAUUUUGGCUGUCUGCACCACGAUCAAGGAAUGCUGGGACCACGACCCAGAGGCCCGUCUCACGGCCCACUGCGUGGCCACACGCCUCGCUGAGAUCGAGGAGGAGCUGGACAAGCUGUCAAGCCGCAGCUCCUCGGCUGAGAAGAUCCGAUAUGAGGUGCACAUCCCCGUCACCAUGGAGAUCCCAGAGGAGGAGGUGAAGAUCUCCGAAAUCCAGAACAUCAUAGCUGCGGACUGCUCUGUGAGCGACAAGAAGUGAGGCGGGGAUCUGCGGGCUCCUUCAGGGACCUUCCAGUUGGUCCGGGUUAACACGGCGGACGAUGAUGACGGUGGUGGUGAUGAAGAACUGAGCUCUGGCGGGACCCCGACCACAGCUGGAGUCUGAGACACCGUGUUGCGUUCAGCUUUGACUCAGCCCUGGUGAACAUUAGGGCUUUCAUGGCUUCUAGAAUGUUACAACAUGUUGAAAAGCUGCAGAUCCAAAAAAUAAAAUAAAAUAAAAAUAAUAAAUAACAAGAAUGCCAAUUUCUUAGGAGAAUGCAGAGCCUGACAGGCUUUUCUCUGCAUGAUAAAUAGGCCAGUUUGGAUUGAACCAAUCAGGUUUUACAUGCAUUUCGUCAUGACCUCCUUCUGUAUUACAGAUAAUAGUCAUUUUCAAUCAUUUCUGUAUAUAUUUUUUUCACUAAUGUGCCUUAAAGUAAAUUUUUCUGUGUGUACUUUGAAUACCAGAGAAGUGACCUUACCACUGUUCAGUGUCCGUACCAGCAGGUUGGUUAAUCAGGAGAACAGGUCAGUAUAUUUGUGUCUUUCUGUUUGAAUGUACUUUUUAGUGUUUAUACUUACUUACAUGUUGUUGUUUUUUUUUCUAAACAAUAAAAAGCCCACUGUGCAUAGGAGACAGUAAAUAUACAUAAAUAGCAACAAAAAGGAAAAGUCAUUUUAUUUUUUUUUUAUUUAUUUAUUUUUUUUGCAACUUUUCAGGAUGCAUGUCUUAAAAUAGUGUAUGUCUUCAUAAACAUGCAUUGUCAAAGAACUUUUACCCUGUAAGUCACAUGCAAGAUAUUAUAAAUCAUGUAUGAAUUAAAUAUAUUUACAUAUA